UAUGGACUGCCCCUUGAACCUAUCUACGUGACUUUACCGAGGCCGCUACGCGUCACACGUGAUGACGAUUAUAGUAAUCGAUACCGUGAAUCGAGUCGCGUAAUCGCCUCGUGGGUGUAAACAUUGACUGCGGAGACAGUGUGAAGGGUCACGUUCGGAGCAAGUGAGCGAGCAGGCGAGCGGCCUCCUCUCCGACACAGCCUCCGAGCGCCGGCGGGGAUGCAGCAGUGCUUGAGCGUGAGCUUUCCCCUCCUGCGUCGCCUUGGGACGGCGACUCACGCCCGCGCCGUACCGUGCAUGGGCCUGCACGGCCGCGAGGCUACUAGGCCUGCCGCUGUUGCGGAUGAGGCUCUAGCCAGCGCUGAGCGGAACCUCUCCCAGCCGGAGAUGGCACCAUCGCCGCCUCCUCCACCCUUCUCCCGCGCCGCCAUCGGCACGUUCUUUCAAGAGCGGCCGCAGCUGCACAACCCUUACAGGGACGACGCGCUCCUCCGCGCCUACCUCAAGCGGAACCUGCCCCCAUCGGUCCUGCACGAUGUCGGCACCGACCUGGACGCUUUCGGCAGCCGCGUCGUGUCCGAGCUGGAGGCACUGGGGCGCGAGUGCGAGCGGUCGCCGCCCACGCUGCGCACGUUCGACGCGUGGGGGCGACGCGUCGACGACAUCGUCACGUGCCCCGCAUGGCGCCGGCUUCACGACAUCGCGGCCUGCGAGGGCAUCGUGGCGCACGCCUACAAGCGCAAGCACGGCGCCUGGAGCCGCGUGCACCAGCUGGCCAAGCUCUACCUCUUUUCGCCGUCCGCUGGCCUCUACACGUGCCCGCUCGCCAUGACGGACGGUGCCGCCAAAGUCAUCGAGACGCUGGCCGUCCAGGGGCGCGCCGCUGAGGCUCUGGAGCAUCUCACGACUUUCGACCCGGCCAAGUUCUGGACGUCCGGGCAGUGGAUGACGGAGCGCAAGGGUGGCUCUGACGUGGCCACGGGCACGGAGACUGUGGCGGAGCCGCAACCGGAUGGGAGCUACCGGCUGCAUGGGUUUAAGUGGUUCACGUCGGCCACGGACUCGGACAUGACGCUCACCCUCGCACGGGUCACGGACGCAGAGGGGCGGACGCUGCCGGGCAGCCGCGGGCUCUCCCUCUUCUACGUGGAGGUGCGCGACUCGGCGGGGCAGCUCAACGGCAUCGAGGUGCAGCGGCUCAAGGAGAAGCUGGGCACGCGCCAGGUCCCCACCGCCGAGCUGCUUCUGUCCGGCACGCGGGCGCUUCGGAUCUCGGAGGAGGGUCGCGGAGUGGCCUCCAUCUCCUCCAUGCUGACCAUCACGCGCCUGCACAACGCCAUCUCCUCCGCCGCUGCCAUGAGGAGGAUCCUGAGCCUGGCGCGAGACUACGCGUCGCGCCGCACAGUCUUCGGGAAGCUCAUCAAGGACCACGCGCUGCACAUGCAGACGCUCGCACGCAUGGAGGUCGAGGCACGCGGUGCGUUCCUGCUCGUCAUGGAGGUGGCUCGGCUGCUGGGGCUGGAGGAGGUCGGGGACGCGACCCCGCGCCAGCGUCUGCUGCUGCGCCUGCUCACGCCGCUCGCCAAGCUGUACACGGCCAAGCAGGCUGUGGCGGUGGUGUCGGAGGGCCUCGAGGCGUUCGGAGGUCAGGGCUACAUGGAGGACACGGGGCUGCCCUGCAUGCUUCGCGAUGCGCAGGUGCUGAGCAUCUGGGAGGGAACUACCAACAUCCUGUCACUCGACGUGCUGCGCUCGAUGGCCAAGAGCCGCGGGGAGGUCCUGCAGGCCUUCUGCUCGGACGUCCAGACCCGCAUGCGGGCGGCGGAGGGCUCGGCGGGGCUGGCGGGGGCGGCCGAGGAGGUGCUGCGGGCAGCGCGGGGCAUCGGUGGCUUCGCGGGGCGCGCCGCCAUGCGGGGUUCCUCCUUCACGGAGACGGCCGCACGGGAUUUCGCCUACAGCCUCGCCCGGACCUACGCAGGGUGCCUGCUGAUCGACCAUGCGCUCUGGGAUGGUGCCCAACCAGCUGACGUCUAUGCAGCAAACAGGUGGUGCGAGCAGGACCUGACGCCGGUGCUCACUGCCGAGGGACGCGGUUGCUACGACGACGUCGCCAGGGAUACUCAGCUGGUGAUGGGCGAGGCGGCGGACGUGAAGAGCAAACUGUGAGGCGUGGGGUGCCGCUGCUGCUUCCGUCUCGAUCCUUUCUCGCUCUACAGCACCAUUGUCUAUCCACUACUGGAGGAAGGCCUCCCCGCACCGUGUCGGUCUUGAGGGUAGUUUGAUCAUACUUUCAACAUGCUGGUCAGUGCAUGUUGGUUAAGGUGAGGAAGGGUGGGUGGUAGGACUGGUUGAGAUAACUACUGAUGCUAGUUGUGGCCGGGAAUCAAAUCCAUGCCACAGUGCAUUAAUCACUGCACCACCAUUCCCCCACCAUGCACCUCAUGAGGGUGAUGAGGGAGCUGCCAAGGUGGUGUAAUGGUCAGCACACCAAGACUCUCAAUCCAGAGGUCACCGGUUCGAUUCCAUCUCUCGGCACGGCAGUUGAACCAAUGGCGCAAAUUUCUUAAAUCACUCCCCACCCCCCACGGCCUCUCUCCACCCAGGAGUAAAAAUUGGAUUCACAAGUCGAUCGGCAGGUCACUUGUGGUGGGAUAAAGUGUGGGUACUCCCACUGCUCCAAUAUGCUUGAUCAGCAUGUUAGAGUAGGCCAAACACCCCCUCGAGCUCCCUCUAGUGAAGGCCCUUCUGCCAGCAGUAGCGUGGGCAAGCAGGUUGCAGGGCUCCACCUUUGCCUUUAUUGCUGUGUUCUCUUCAAAACCACGUUGAGAGUUUUGUGACUAAUAAGUGUGGGAUAGCGGCAUAAAAUCACACAGUCAAAUAAGUGCCAUGGAGACCCAUCUGAAUGGAGUGCGAUUCAGUACUCAUCAUAAUGUACAGGUGGAAACACGGUACUCAACAUCCAGCGGUAAAGAUUGUGGAGGAGAUGCACCCUCCUGGAAUUAAUUUUAAAAAAUCUUAUCCACACCCCCAUUCCAUUAAUUGGCCCAGUGCAGAAAUGUACAGCUGUCGACACAUUAGGCCAUGGAUAGAAAAAGCUAAACCACUGUUUCUCACAAGUGUGGGUUUGAGUUAGAAUAGUGUGGAACAACAUUUUUUCC